AUGAUGAAGAAUAACCAGAGCACCACAUCUGAGUUCAUCCUCCUGGGGCUCCCCAUAUGGCCAGAGGUCCAAGGCAUGUACUCUGCUCUGUUCCUCACCAUGUACCUGACCACAGUGCUGGGGAACCUGCUCAUCAUCCUGCUCAUCAGGCUGGACUCUCACAUCCACACCCCCAUGUACUUCUUCCUCAGUCACUUGGCCUUCACAGACAUCUCUUUCUCAUCAGUCACUGCUCCAAAGAUGCUCAUGAACAUGCUGACACACAGUCAGUCCAUCUCAUAUGCUGGGUGUAUUUCUCAGAUAUAUUUUUUCUUAUUGUUUGGGUGUAUUGAUAACUUUCUUCUGACCUCCAUGGCCUACGACAGGUAUGUGGCCAUCUGUCAUCCUCUGUACUAUACCACCAUCAUGAGUCAGAGUGUCUGUGUACUGUUAGUGAUAGUGUCCUGGGUAUUUUCCUCUACCAAUGGCCUUGUACACACUCUUCUAUUUGCUCGUCUCUCUUUCUUUAGAGACAACACAGUCCACCACUUCUUCUGUGAUCUCUCUGCUUUACUUAAACUGUCCAGCUCAGACACCACCAUCAAUGAGCUGGUCAUUCUCACUUUAGCAGUGGUAGUCAUUACUGUGCCAUUCAUAUGCAUCCUGGUCUCUUAUGGCCACAUUGGAGCCACCAUCCUAAGAACUCCUUCCAUUAAGGGAAUCUGCAAAGCCUUGUCUACAUGUGGCUCUCACCUCUGUGUAGUUUCUUUGUACUAUGGAGCCAUUAUUGGUCUAUAUUUUUUUCCCUCCUCCAGUGACACUAAUGACAAGGAUGUCAUUGUGGCUGUGAUGUACACUGUGGUCACACCUAUGCUGAAUCCCUUUAUCUACAGUCUGAGGAAUCGGGACAUGAAAGGAGCACUGAGAAAUAUCCUCCUCAGGAGAAUGUAUUCACAGUGA